UCCUCCUUAUUCCGCUUCAAAUUAAUUUCUCCCUCAAUACUCUCCACCCAAAUUCGAAGCAGUGAAGUAGGAAUAGAAAUGGAGCAUCCAUUUUUCAUCCCGAACCCUAACAUGACGGAGGCGGCUUCGCGGUGGCUGAGCAUCGCCGAGAAGUUGCUUGCGAACCGUGACUUGAUGGGGAGUAAAUCGUUUGCGACCCGGGCGCAAGAGUCCGACCCGACCCUCGUUCACGGCGGUCAAAUCCUCGCUAUCAUCGACACUCUCCUCGCCGGCGACAAGCUCAUACACAAUCAGCUCGAUUACUACGGCAUCCUACAGGUGCCGCCUGACCAGACCCAUGACUCCGAUUUGAUCUCUAAUCAGUAUCGCCGACUAGCCGUCCUCCUUGACCCUCGGAAGAACAGCUUUCCUUAUGCCGACCAAGCAUUCCGUCUCGUGUUUGAUGCUUGGAAUGUGCUCUCCGACCCGCUCAGGAAAAGCAUGUAUGAUAAAGAGCUAGGGUUCUUCAUAAACCUCAACCCGAAUCCUGUUUCUGCCGCUCUGAACCCGAUACCCCCUCAGCAGCAGUCGCCGAAUGCUUUCACCGUCGUUUCUAACUCCGGGAGAGACCAACAUCAGCAGGCGCCGCCGCAGCAGAUGUUCUUCACGAGUAGAGAGCAGCAGCAGCAGCAGUCGUUUGCCUCCGGGCAACAGCUAACCUUUCCGAGUCGUGAACCGGUUCAGCAGCACCCAGUUCAUCAACAACCGGUUCAAACAAUGACCUUCUUGCAGCAGCCGUUUUCCGGCAGGGAUCAACAGCAACCCCAACCUCAACAGGCUCAACCGUUUACAUUUCUGAAUCGUCAACAAAGCCCUCAGGUAACCUCUAUUCCCAGAAUGAAUGUAGAUAAACUGCCUUCUGUCACCCCUGUGCCGGGUUUGAGUAGAGAACCACAGCCAUUUUCAUUUGGUCCUAGUUCUGGUCAUGCCCAACUACCGCAGGUCUCUCCCACUGAGAGCUCUUCUCUGUAUCAUGAAAGGAAUGUGCGAAAUGUGGGUUUUGAAGGAAAUAACCUAUCUGAUGAUAAUGUGAACCAACCUAAAGAAAAAGAGAGUGAGGUAGAUGAAACAAACAAUGUUGAACUAAACGAGGAUGAGCCAAAGAAUGACAUACCUAGCUUCUGGACUGCCUGCCCAUACUGUUAUCACAUGUUUGAGUAUCCUGAGGCUUAUGUUGACUGUACAUUGCGCUGCCAAAAUUGCAAAAUGGCAUUCCAGGCUGUGGUGAUUUCGUCUCCACCUCCAAUUAUUGAUGGUAAGGAAGCUUACUUUUGUUGUUGGGGAUUUUUACCCUUGGGAUUUUCUGUAUCUAUUUGGGAGAAAUAUAAGGAUAAGGCAACAUCAUGGACUCCAUUUUCUCCCAUGUUUAGUAUGCCUCAAGCCGGUGGGGCAAAUGUAGGAAAUGUGUAUCACUCUGUUGUCAGGCCGGGGAAUGGUAACAACCGUAGUGGAUAUGGUGGGAGUGGAGUAAAGAAGCAACAUCAGAAAGUAAUCGUUGAUGAUGAUGUGUAUGUGAACUUGUUAUCUGACUCUAACGACGAGUCUGAUGUGGAAUGGAGAAAUGAGAGUAGUACGAAGAGAAAGAAAACAAAGAGAGUGAAGGGAAAGGUUAGGGUGACUGGAACCCCGAAAACCACUAGGAAGAUACUACCUGAGAAUGGAAAGAAUGUAAAAGCUAAUAAUGCUGGGGAUAGUUUUCAAAAUGGGCCCCGCAUGCCAGCUGAAAAGGUCAAGAAAGGUGUGGUGAACAACAUAAGGAGGCAAUCUGGCAGCGCUGCUAAAGGAAAACUUGAUUUGAAUGUGGAGUUCAGUAAUGAGGUUGAGGAGCCCCCACCGGUAAUGAAUGGACAAAUGGGAAGAGGAGAGGAAGAUGGAAUUGAAGGGAAUGGGUUUUUUGAGGGUCUUGAUGAAUUCCUAAGCAGUCUUCCUAUUCUGAAUGCUGUUGGUGAUGAGAAUAAGGUUAAGGCAGCUUAGCCAAGUUUAGACUUUCCCUUUUGUUGUAAUUGUAGCCCUCUAGUCUAGCUUUUGCCCUUUUUGUAUGUAGUAAGGGAACAGCAUAAGCAGUGUCCUAAUGGCUUGCUCUACUCUAAACAUUUGCAUUUUGUAUGUUUUUAUGGAACAGUGUAGAGCUGCUUGGAUGCUUAUCUUGAUUGUUUUUCUCCUGUAGCUUUUGCGCUACAAAUAAGGUGGAAGUUAAUCUUCUUCUUUCUGUUUUUAUUUUGUUUUGUUUUAUUUUUUAUUUGUUGUAGUUGCAAUUAUCAGUUUAAUUUUUUUGUUUUCUUUACUCAAGCGGUGUAACUGAAAAGGCUAGCAGCUUAAGGUGUUUUACUCUGUUCUUUUCUCUCUGAUAUUUUAGGCUACAAUUUUGCUUCUGUAAUACGGAGUAUAACAAUAGGAACUGCAUUGCUUUACUGUGGUUGUAUUUUGCAGGAACCGAUUGUCCACCCAUUGAGUUUUGAAUAGAAAGAAUCUUAUUUUAGCUGUAAUUACUUGAUUAUGUGAGUUCUUGUCUUGUAGAACAACUUAUCUGCAUACUAAAAACUUGCUGUGUUUUUUAGAUACAAGUCUUUUAGAACAACUGGACAACAUAAAAGAUUGGAACUUUUUGUGCCUUUUAUACUGAACAUUGAACAAUACUUGCUACUCGUAUUUUGUUAGAUUAGAAUAUCAAUCAAGGGAUUCACAGAUCACUUGCAUUAGUUCCCAUUCUUGGAAAUUGGAGUCCCUUGUUUCUGAUUUUGUCAAAUGAAAAUUUUAGCGUCUAUGCCUCUACGCCUCUACGGUAUUAUUGAGUGUGAUGAACUGAUUAUUGUAAAAUUAACAUUUUCCCAAGUUGGUUCCUGAUUCACCCUUUUACUUCUUUGGGUCUAAACAGUAAAAACAGUUUUUCUUAUUUGAAUUUUACCUACAACUCAUGUCAUAGAACUACAAAACGGAAAAUUAAGUCUGUACACCUUUUGAAAUAUACACAAACAUGAUCUUUAGAGGGUGCAGCAACAACAAAUGAAGCAUGGAUUAUGGAUAUGAGAACUUUGUUGGCUGCAGGUGCCAAGGACGCAGAGUUGCUUGAAGGAAACAAUAACAGUGGACAAUCACCGAUGAAGAGAGAAAAUAACUUUGGCUUCAAUGAAUUGCUCUGGAGGAAAUGAACUACACAAAUGUUAUAGGGUAUAAAGGAGUUUCAAGCGAUCAACUGAAUCAAAUUGUUGCCCUUUUCAAGGGAAACAUCCAAUUACCAAGUAAUAGUAUUAGUUAAAGAAGCUAAUUUUUGUCAAAGAACUUAAAAAUUUCCCAAACGCAAAAAGUGUGGAAGAAGCAAAACAUGGACCAGAAGGGGCUGAGAGUGUGGGUACGGCGGUACUAAACGGAUGGAAGGAAGUCCACAAGAAACAGAACAAGGAGGCUAAUAUGAGAGAGUAGAAGAAGUGGAGCAAGCCGGAGAGGGGAUAUAUAAAAAUAAAUGUAGACGGAGCUUUGGGUCAAAGCGACAUGAGGAGGGGUGUUGGCUUAGUGGCUAGAGAUGACGAGGGGCAUUUUAUUGUGGGGAUGAGGAAGAGCUUUGUUAGGAGCAUGGGAGCAACGACUACUGAGAACCUGGCUAUCGGAGAAGGUGUGGAGUGGGCUAUGCAUCAAGGAUGAAGACAUGUAGUAAUUGAGUCAGAUGCUUUGCUGGCCAUCCAGGGCGUGCAGGGAUCGGGAGACUAUUCCUAUGAGGCUUUGUAGCUGAUGGUAUUAGAUGCUGAUAUUUAUGUCUAGUACGUGCGACGAUCAGCGAAUAAAGUUGUUGAUGCUUUGGCUAAGCAAGCUAUUUUUGAACCUGAUUGUCUUUGAUUUGAUAUACCACAUACUUGUAUUUGUGGCCUUCUUUUGAAGGAUAUGCAUGAUUAAUAUAUUUGAUGUUUUUGUUUCAAAAAACAUUUCCCAAACGCGGCCAAAAUGUGGAUGUGAGUCCUGGAG